CGGAAGAUGACUUCGGAAGCGUUGACGUCUUCGCAUUCUGUUCUUCCAAUCUUCAAAAGACAUUCGCCCGCCUCAAAAAUCUUAGCUAGGUACAGCCUAGCCGAACCAUCUUCGUCGCUCUCAGCUCGCUGCGCAUCGUUACCUGUUACACACAGAACUCCCAACCGGUGCCGCCAACGCUGUCGGCUUGCACCGUCCGAGGUAACAUUCGCUAUUGGUCGACAGCUUCAAACGAGUGGACAGGUGUGUCUGGCUAACACCUGCACCAAAAAUCGUCGAGCAUAUCGGAAUAACUUGGUCGCAUAUUGCGUCACGGAUGAGAACACCUCUGAUAUUUCCCGACCAGACAGUGACACAUUCAAAAAAAGAGUAGCUGCAGCUGCAGCUGCGCUGCGCUCAGGACAAGCAAACGAGUCUCGGCGCAAAACUAUCUCCUUUCUCGAUCAAGCAUCCGAAAAUGGAUCCACCGAGAAUGUUCCUAUGCGUGUUGGAAAAGUAAAGCUUCCAUCUGAUAAAAAGUCAACGAAGAGUGACUUGUUAACACCUUUAUCUGAGAACGAGGAGCAGAUGGCUGCAAGUCAACGACGGCUUUUUGAUCAAAUGGUGACACUUCGAACGCGACUUAACGAGCGUCUCGCGGCAUCGAAUAAAUUUGCAAUGUUUCUUGAGUCGACGCUUGCAACUCGUGACAAGGAUAUCAAACACGCGAAUGAACGCCUAGUUGCUGCACUGCUCGAGAUUGAGUCCCUUAAACAUAUAGCUAUUGAGGCUGUAGAGGCUGCUGAGAGCGAGUCUAAAACAAAAGAGCAAGUCGUUGCAAGGCUCGAUACUCUGACGAAACGCCUUGAUCUUAUGCAUAGUGCUCUUCGUCGUGAUGUAAAAAAUAUUGAUGCUGCUUGCAUCAAAUGCGUUCCCAUUCGUUGGGUCGGCAUGGCGUCUGACAUCCGGAUCAUGGGUUCUUUUGACAACUGGACUAAGGGUAUCGCGAUGUCUCCAGAAUUUAUCGAGGGGGGCAACAAUGUUUUUGUGGCGGAUCUCAUGUUAACCUCAGGAACUUACGAAAUUAAGUUUGUAGUUGAUGGAAUAUGGCAAACAGCUCCGGAGUGGGCUACAACUGGAGAGGGGCUGGGCGCUAAUAACCUAAUUGUUGUUGAAUGAAAGGACCUUCCAGGCGUGUUUCCUGUAAUAUCCGUAUGUGCCGCAUGCACUUAUUCUGGCUGUUACAAACUAUUUACUCGAAUUUUUCCGAAGAGACCUCUCUUAAGCGUGGCUUCAAAUUCUUGAUCGAAAUUCGUUCGAAUGGAAUUCUUCUCUGACUCAAAAUGGUGCAGACUGAGAUCACAAAACAGAAACCUAUCUCGAAAUUUGGGAGUUAUGUGUCUAACUUGAUAGGCUGAACGGAACACACGAGAAUGGAAUGGCGAAAUAGUUAUGCUUGUCGUUGAUGUCCCACACUCGCUGAACCCCUUCAGGAUGAAUAAGAAACAAUUUUCCACUC